CCCCUGUACCCCAAACUGGCUCCCUUCCCACCCAGUGCCAUAGUCCCGCACCCCCGGAGUGCUGUGCUGCUGCGGGGUGACCCCUGUACCCCAAACUGGCUCCCUUCCCACCCAGUGCCAUAGUCCCGCACCCCCGGAGUGCUGUGCUGCUGCGGGGUGACCCCUGUACCCCAGACUGGCUCCCUUCCCACGGAGUGCCAUAGCCCCGCACCCCCGGGGUGCUGUGCUGCUGCGGGGUGACCCCUGUGCCCCAAACUGGCUCCCUUCCCACCCAGUGCCAUAGUCCCGCACCCCCGGGGUGCUGUGCUGCUGCGGGGUGACCCCUGUACCCCAGACUGGCUCCCUUCCCACGGAGUGCCAUAGCCCCGCACCCCCGGGGUGCUGUGCUGCUGCGGGGUGACCCCUGUGCCCCAAACUGGCUCGCUUCCCACGGGGUGCCAUAGCCCCGCACCUCGGGGUGCUGCGUUUCCCACAGAAGCACUCCUAGACCCCACUCGCUGCCCAUGGGGUGCACCCUCAUCAGGCUACACAGGUGUCCAGCAGCUGGGUGCCCCCCGUGUCCCCCUGGUCCCCACACACAAAAGCCGUCCCUGACACAGGAUGCCGAGGAGCCCAAGGCUAUUUUUGGCCGUGGCAUGGCAGGCGCCCGGCGGUGCCAGGGGCCCCACGUCACGGGACAGCCAGGCCCGGCCGCUACGUCGCUCUCAUUCCUGCAGCGGCACGACCCGACUGGACACGGCCCGACUCGGCACGGCCCAGCCCCGCUUCCAGAGAGGGAGAGAUGGCGGGUGGCAUCUUCUCCCUGAUGGGGAGCUGCUCAGAGCUGGAGAAGGCCAACUGCCACCCGCUGGUCUGCCUGCUGUGCCAUGAGCCCUACCAGCACCCCUGCCUGCUUGACUGCUACCACAACUUCUGUGCCAGCUGCCUGCGGGGCCGUGCCAGCGACGGCCGCCUGCACUGCCCACUCUGCGGGCACCCCUCGGUGGUGAGGGGGGGCACAGGGCUGCCUCCUGUGGACAGGCUCCUGCAGUUCCUGGUGGACAGCUCUGCCGACGGCGAGGAGGACGUGCAGUGUGCCAACUGCGACCGGCACUGUGCCAAGGCGGAGCUGGACACCAUGUACUUCUGCAACACCUGCGGGCAGCCCCUCUGCGCCCCGUGCCGCGAGGACACGCACCGUGCCAAGAUGUUUGCCCGCCACGAGAUUGUCUCCCUCUCCAAGCGCACCAAAGACAUCCACAAGAAGUGCCCGCUGCAUGAGGAGCCCUACAUCAUGUUCUCCACAGAGAAGAAGUCCAUGCUCUGCAUCAACUGCUUCAGGGACAUGCAGGGGGAGAGCCGGGCACACUGCAUCGACAUCGAGACUGCCUACAUGCAAGGUUGCCAGCGGCUGGACCAGGCCGUGAUGGCAGUAAAGGAGCUGCAGACCUCCACCCGUGAGGCCAUCGUGCUCCUGAAGGCCAUGAUCGAGGAGGUGCGCAACAGUGCCAGCGAGGAGGAGGCAGCCAUCAACUCCCUCUUUGGCCGCAUGCAGGAGCAACUCUCUGAAAGGAGGAAGUCACUCCUGAAAGUUGUGCAGAGCCAACACGAGGAGAAGGAGAAGGCUUUCAAGGAGCAGCUCGCCCACCUCGCCUCCCUGCUGCCCACUCUGCAGAUCCACCUGGUGACCUGCUCAGCAUUCCUGAGUUCUGCCAACAAAGCCGAGUUCCUGGACCUGGGCUACCAACUGAUGGAAAGGCUGCAGAGGAUCGUCAAGCUGCCACACCGCCUGCGGCCAGCACAGACCAGCAAGAUCAACAGCGAGUACCGGGCAGAGUUUGCCCGCUGCCUGGAGCCCCUGCUGAUGCUCAGCCCCCGACGCUCCGUGGUUGGCAGCGCUGGUAGCAUGGGUCCUGGCAUUGCUGGCACAAACAUGCUCCCUGGCAGCCAAUGCUCCAAGACCCUCAUGGUGCCCAGCUGUGCCCCCAGCAGCGAUAAGAUGUCCAGCGUGCCCAUGGUGCGGAAGCCAACGCUGCACCGCUACAUCAGCACCAAGGUGUUGCUGGCCGAGGGGCGCCAGACGCCCUUUGCCGAGCACUGUCGCAACUACGAGAGCACCUACCGGAUGCUGCAGACGGAGAUCCAGGCCCUGAAGGACCAGGUGCAGGAGCUGCACCGGGACCUCACCAAGCACCACUCGCUGAUCAGGAUGGAGCUCAUGAGCGAGAUCCUGCAGAAGUCCCUGCAGAUGGACGUGCAGAUCGCUGCGCACUACUCAGCCGUGGAGAUGAUGCGCAGCGUCUUUGAGGAGGUCUGGGAGGAGACAUACCAGCGGGUGGCAAACGAGCAGGAGAUCUAUGAAGCCCAGCUCCACGACCUGCUGCAGCUGCGGCAGGAGAACAGCUGCCUGAGCACCAUCACCAAGCAGAUCGCACCCUACGUGCGCUCCAUCGCCAAGGUGAAGGAGCGUCUGGAGCCCAGGCUGCAGGAACCCAAGGAGGAACAGGCACUGAUGCUGCUCAGUACCUGCAAUGACAGCGAAGCGAUGCCAAAGGACAAGUCACUCAGCAGGCAGCAGGCAGCUGCAGCCAACCCUGGGGAUGGCUGCAUGCCUGACAGCACCACUGGAGACCCCUCCCCAAAAAGCAAAGACUGCUGCAGAGGCCAGCAGAAAACGGGGACUGAGGACACUGCCCAGCAGGACUCAGCACCAUAGAGCCCAGCACCAAGCCAGGGCACAGAGCUGCGUGGUGCCCAGUAUGGAAAAAAGAAGUGCCCUGCAUGAUACCUGUCUGCUCUUGCCUUGUGCCAGAAGUGAAGGCUGGCAGUCUAGCCCAGGGCACACGUGUCUGUGGCACAGCAAGAGCCACCUUGGGGUGACUUUGCUGGUCUAAAAAAGUCAUUGUCUUGAUGUCUUGUGUGCACUCAAGUGUCAGAGGGGAAAUAA